ACUAUUAAUCAUUCAUUCGCAAAUCUACGCUCACUCAAGUCGCGCCGCUGAUAAAAAAAAAAGACACGAUGAUUAAAUAUAUUCUGUUAGCUGCUAUUAUUCCCGCUGUAAUGCUACAAAAUUCCGACAACGUUGAUCACACCCAAUGGGACAUAGUUGCAGCUAGACCAUGUGCUGGGUUACGACCAGUUCCAGCCAACGUUCGCAUGGAAAACUGCUCAGCGAUGCCUUGCCCACUGGUUCGAGGAAGUGAUGCCAAUAUGGCUAUGGAGUUCACCGCAUUAAGGGAUGCAUCGAGCCUUCACACCAGGGUAAUGGCAACAGCAUUGGGAAUAACUGCCCCAUACGAACUACCUGCUGAACGUGCUGCCGCAUGCAACUGGCUCAUCCAAUCUCGCUGCCCAAUCACCGCUGGUGAAGAUCUGAUCUAUCACCUGAGCAUGCCAAUAACAGCGAUCUAUCCAUUAGUUAGUGUUACGAUAGAAAUUGACCUUGUGGACGAUACCGAUCAGUCCCAUGGAUGUUUUGUCGUGGACACUCGAGUCGUAGCCAACUAAGCCCGUGCGUUGUGAUCAUUUUCUUAUGGUCCGUAAAAAAAAAUCAAAGCAAGAAUGAAAAAUAUAUAGACUGAGUUAUAACAGA